AUGUCUGACGGUGCUACGAAGGCCACACGGUAUACUGAUCAAGGAAUUAAGGUCAUAGUUACUAAGAAUGACACUGAGCCUACGUUCACUCUUUCUUUCACAGAAAACCCAGCAGCGCUUACCUUUGAGGAACAUGCUUCUUUGAGCAUCAGCGAAGGGAAACGCGCUGCAGAUGGCAAGCAUACGUCUGAACACCACCACUCUAAAAAGAGAAGCGAUCACUUCCAUCAUCAUGCCAAGCCUCACGAUCAAAAGGGCAAUGGCCACACUGAACAUCAGUCUACUAAGUCCAGAAGCAGUGCUGUAUCGGGGCUGACUAGGGAAAUGUGGAAUAAUAGUUGCGGUGGCUCGUCUUCUGCGACUAUUCUCGACACCUCUUCGACUCCUGCCUCCGCUGAUUCUUGCGAAAAGCCCCAUCAAGACAGCACCAAAAAGCCUGUGAACAGUUCACAGCACACUAUUAGUUUGCAUAUUUCUACAAAGCAUAAAGUUAAGGCCGACCUCAAGCCGGAGCCAGAGCUUGAGCAGAAGCAGGAGUCUGACAACAAAGCUAAAACCAGCUCCGAAGGCAAUAUCCUUGAUAAGCCAGGCCCGUGCACAGUUGCACCUAUUGAAAAUCAGACAGAACACGAUGCUCAUCAAACUAUGCAAGAGCAAGCGGAGCAAGAAAGCGUCCCUUUAGACAGGCAUUCGUCGAUUACAGGGGCUUCUCCCUCGGAGAUCGGCUCGUUCUUUGCUGAUGGAAAAAGCCUAGCUCCAUCUUCUGCACUGUAUGGAAAGUUGGUUGACCUCCACCGUUCAUUGCUCGCGUUGGAAGAGAAGUCAUCAAAGAUCAGUAUGCUAGACACAUCUGAGGAGUCUAGUAUUAAGAUGACGCACAGGGAAUUUAGAAUGAGAAGAAAUAAGGCACUUCUGCAGGCAUGUCUGUCGAUUGAAAAGGCUGAUCUGGCAUUCUUGGGAACGGACAUGGGUGCGCGUGUCUACCAGCCCACCGCACUGCGCAAGAUCUAUCAUCAAAUGGAUCACGGAGUGGAGCCCACCUCGAUUAGCCAGGAAAGGCUCAUAUUAGUACGUAGAACCAUCAGGCAUGAUCGCCAUGCACUCAACAAGAUGAUGGGUUCUGAGGCGAAGCAAAGCCUAAAGAAAACAAUUUAUGGGAAUCGCAUGGCAACGUUUAAACUAGCAGAUGUUAUCACGAGGACUAUAGUCACUGCAGGCACAAUAGAGCAGCCAGACAUUACUCGCCCCGACUUGCAAUCUCUGCAGCUGCACAACUAUUAUCCUUCCACAGUACCGUCAAUACUCUUGUUGACUGAGCUGGAGGAGCUCGCAGGCGUAGAUCCAGAAGAGUUCCUCUGUUUCAAAGCUACAUGCUCUAGCAUGAUAGCAGAGCUGGGGUAUGUGCUGAAUCAAGUUACGGAAUCUAACAGCAAGGCCACAGUCUCCAAAAUCCUUUCCAUACUGAGCACCUACCUUGUCCCACAGAGCCUGCGGUUUCUUGCUAUCUCACUGCUUGUCUUUUGUAACUGCAUCCUUGAGAAGGCCGCACUAGAGCGUGUCUUUGUUCCUGUGUAUGCGUCGAUCUUCAGCGACCUCAUCUCAUCAACCUCUCUGGCAAAACAGCUUAUCAAUUCCUAUCCCAAUUUUAGCAAGCUUUUCCGGAAAAAGUGUGAGGAAAAGAAUAUAAUUAAUACAUCUGAAAGAGCAUAUGGAAAUUUCAUGUGCAUAGUCUUUAGGGAAAUCAUGGAGUUAAAGCUGGAAGAUAUGGUAUACAACAUUGAUCUGGAGGUCCCAUUCUUUAAGAAAAUAGAGCUCCAACAAGCCAUAUUAGAUAAAACUACAAACGGUACCAUCAUUCAGCACAGUGAGCAAGACCAGCAAUGCAUUAGAGAUUAUAUAAGGGGCCUCCAGAAUUUGUAUACUGUGAACCUGGCCGUCUUUGCGGCUCAACUCUACGUUAUUAGAGCCAGUGCGUUCAUUACCUCUGCCUGCCUGCAGCGCAUCUUCCUUAAUCUAGUCUGCUACAACACUUCGUAUAACUAUAUUUUUCAAACAGAUACUUGGGCGAAGUACAUACGCCAACAGUACUUCAGCAAGUUAUAUCUUCCGUCAGUUAACUUAGAAAUCAACAGGCUGCACGCUGAAAAGAGAUAUAGGCAGCGUAUCGAUGUCAUGAAGUUUUCUCCAGAUGGAUACAUGCCCAACUACACACUCUAUGAGGCUGCGAUUGCCAUGCUAAAGAUCGUGGGCACAUGCAUUCGUUAUUAUCUAGUUGAUAAAUAUUCAACUCAUCUUAAAACUGAACUCGAUGGGCUCUUGGGACCAUCUACCAUUACACGAUCAAAGGAUAGUUCAAAGCGAACAAUUUUCAAGUCGCUCGAUUCCCUGAGACAGUAUCUUAACGACGGGGAGCUUGUGGCUGCAACUAGUGCGGCUCAGUCCAGCCAGAACUAUGGCAUACUCAUAAAGUAUUUGUUUGCCAACACCGAGCUUGUGCACGUAACAUUUCCUUUCGCUAAGAAAGUCUUUACCAAUGGAGACGCUCCGCUUUACCAGGUGAUUUCGGAUGGGAACUUAGAGGACUUGCUUUGGACUACGCCAGAAAUGGCUGGACAUCGUGCGAGAGUGACACAGGGGUCCAAUGACGACCACGAGAGAUUGCUUAAGCAUGUAAAGCGAGCUCCUGGUGCAAUUAUGCAUGCACUUGCCGAGAAGAUUGGGGUAGAUGCACCAGCACUGGAUGUGAUAAGGCUCUUUUCAGAGAUUUCUAACUUGUACACUCACUAUUUGGCGCCCAUGCAAACAGAUACAGUGCAUGUAUCUCACUUCCGCUUUCUCAUUCUGGAGCUAAAUGAAGAGUUAGAAAGUUUAUUCGAUAAGAACCUCUCUGACGAUAGGAUGUGCAGGGUCUCCUUCUUAACACAACUGAAGAAGAAGCUUCACUCCCUCAUGAACACUUGUAAGAAGCAUAAAAUUUUGACUACAAACAGACCGCCACUUAUCUCAGUCCCAGCUAACGACACAAGUGUACCAGAGAAUACUCUUGAUAUCGAGACUAAACCUCAUCGAGCUCCUGCGAGGAAGCCGAUACUGGCUUUGCCGACUAACAGUGAUGCACGGAAGGAGCUACUUGCGGCUCUGCGGACAGAGACCCUGGAAGCAUCGCUUACUUCUGCGCUACAGUGUGUUUUGAAUUUGGAGUAUGAUCAAGAAACCGGUCUGUUUGUCACACAACUGGAUACAUGGAGCGACAUUCUUUCGGAACUUCUCAUUGACACCGUUCUGGAGGCGGGGACACACACCAGUACCAUUUCCGCGGUAGCUACUUGCAUUCCAGACCUCCUCUCAUGCAUUAGCCGCGAAGUUGCAGACGUGAUCCCUGACAGUCUGUGGGAGUUGCUUCUUGACGGAGCACUAUUGUCUUUAGAUAAUGAGCAGUCAAUUGAACGGAAGAACACCCUAAUGAACGGUAUCGCGUAUAUGAUCAUUACAUUGAUACACAAACAGGUCUUUAGUUUCUUCUCGAUUGCUAGAGACUUGGCCUCUCGUGCCCGGAAGGAGGAAUGCGCACAUAAGCUGGGGAAGGCCAUAGUUUCAGGGUUUUUGGUCGCCAGCAACGAGGAUGACGACUCUCCGUCUCAGAAGAUCCUGGCAGUAGCCAAGCAAAGCCAUGCGUCUGCAGCCUCCAGGGUGGGAGAGAAGAUGGCAGUCUAUGAGCUUGUCAAUGUAAUAGGGGCCAUAUACACUAGAAAACCAUCGUCAGCACAAGAGUUGGAGGAGAUCUAUGAUGUUCUCAGAGAAAACAAAGCGUUGGCAGAUGUCUUCUCUAUUUACAACGUUGUUGUCUGCGAAAAUAGCAUGCAUAAGAAGAAACUCCCAGUAUCAGUCAUCUUCUCCCAGUACCUUGAGCAGAAUGAGUUCCUCUUCAGGGGAGAUUGCAUUCACAAUACAUUCGACAUUGUCUGUGGGAUAGCGCUGAGCUUCGUGCCUUCCGCUUCAUCAACAGAGCUGUCCAAUAUCUUCUCUGAGCUGGGAGAAAGAUUUGCAUCCCAGGGAAUUCCGCUCAGUACGCUAGCGGGGCACGUCUUUCGGCGCUGGAAGGAGACGGUGUACUGCUCCAAGAAUUUCAUUCUUAUAUGGACUCUGCUGAUACACUCCAAGCUUUGUAGCAAGGCUGCAGUGACAGGGUACAUAAAGUCUAUUCCUUCAUUUACGGACAUCAAGAAGCAGAUUCAAGACUCUGAAGCGAUCCAGGCGUGGCUUUCAGAGGAAUAA